CCUGGGAGCGGCCAUGGGACUGCUGCUGUACCAGGUGGAAGGGAUGCGUCCCCAGAGGCUGCAGAGUUUUGGUUGGGCCUUUCUGUCGGCCUGCCUGGUUGCCGGCCAGCAGGUUUUCACGCAGACCACGAAAGACGUUCCCCAAGGCGUACUUCUCCUGCAUUCGUCCUUCACAUCGCUCAUACUCUCAACGUUGUUCGCUGGCAACGUGCUUGAAUGUCCCAAGGAUCUGCUCACCAAGGUGGACAUGGGUGAAAUGAGCGUGGCCAGCCAGACGGCGUUCGCGUACGUCUUCUUCGUGUCCAAGGCUCGAGAGGGCGACCAGGGACUGGCCAACAUGUACAAGUACUCCCUGGACGUGCUCAUGGUGUGUGCGCUCACGUGGACGUUCCUGCCCGACGACGUCGUACCACUUGCCAGCUACGCAGCCGCCCUGUUCGUGCUGUGCGCAGUCGUGACGGCCGAGGUGCAGCGGCUCUCCUACACUCCUCGACCACCACCUGGCGCAAAAGUCAUUAUGCGCUUCUUCAUGUGAAA